GGUGAAGCUUGGCGCCUCAGAGCAAAUGGGGAGCCCCGGCCCAGAGGGAUCGAGAGAUGUCUGUCUGGCACAAUGGCUUCUAUUUCUGAACGUACCUUCAUUGCCAUUAAGCCUGAUGGAGUCCAGCGGGGCUUAGUGGGAGAAAUUAUCAAGCGAUUUGAACAGAAAGGAUUCAAACUAGUGGCUAUGAAAUUCAUGCAUGCCUCUGAAGACCUUCUGAAAGAACAUUACAUUGACUUGAAAGACAGACCAUUCUAUGCUGGCUUGGUUGAAUAUAUGAACUCGGGUCCUGUUGUGGCCAUGGUAUGGGAAGGCUUUAACGUCAUUAAGACUGGCAGAGUAAUGUUGGGAGAAACUAACCCUGCAGAUUCCAGGCCUGGCACAAUUCGGGGAGACUUCUGUGUACAAGUUGGAAGGAAUAUAAUUCAUGGCAGUGAUUCUGUAGAAAGCGCUGAGACAGAAAUUAACCUAUGGUUCACUCCGGAAGAAGUGAUUGACUACAGAAGCUGUGAGCACCCCUGGAUCUACGAGUAA